AUGUCUAACUCAAUAGACUUAACCGGCGAUGCUGGUGUUGUUAAAACGAUACUGCAAGAAGCGCAUUCCGAUGACAUACCGGAAAACGGGCACGAAGUCGAGGUGCACUACACUGGCAAACUGGAAUCUGGGACUGAAUUCGACUCUUCCUACCGCCGCAGUUCGACAUUUAAGUUUGUCUUGGGAGCUGGAAACGUUAUCAAAGGAUGGGAAGUUGGCGUAGCGUCAAUGAAAAUUGGUGAAAAGUCUCUUUUCGUAAUACAGCCAGAAUAUGGUUACGGAGAUGUCGGCGCCGGAUCGUCAAUACCGCCAAAAGCAGUCCUACAUUUCGAAAUUGAACUCAUCAACUCGCGCCCCAAGCCCAAAGAUUGUAAUGACAUGACCACUGACGAAAAGAUCCAGGAGGCUGCCAACUCUAAGGCAAUGGGAAACAGCCACUUUUUGAAGGGUAAAUACAAGUCAGCAAUUGACAUGUACGAGGAUGCGCUGCGAUACCUUUCGGAAAGGGAUGAGUGGCCCGAGGAAGCACGUAAGGUAUCCGAUGUGACCAAGCUGCAGUGCCACCUAAACCUGGCCAAUUGUUUUCUAAAAACCGAGGAAUACAACAGAGCGGAGCGCAACGCAACCCAGGCGCUGGCUAUUGAACCGGAAAACGUCAAGGGGUUGUAUCGCCGUGCAUUGGCACGAACAAAAAUGGGAUCGUUCGGUGAAGCACUGAAUGACCUGACGCAGAUUCUCAAGCAUGACAGCAAAAAUGCUGACGCAGUGAAUCUUUACAGGGUGGCAAAGGUAAAACACCAGGAGCAGAAUGAGCGAUCGAAAAAGCAAUACCAGAGUAUAUUUAAGAACUUGACAUUGUAUACCGAGAAAUCCGGGAUAAGAAGCUUAGACACUAUGCCCAAGGUGUUUUUGGACCUUGCAUUCGGCGAAGAACGCCGGAGACUUGUUAUUGCGCUAUUUGAGGACACCGUACCCCGAACAGCUAAGAACUUCAAGCAGCUGUGCGAUGAGAACUCCGAGAUCAACUACAAGGGGAACAAGUUCCAUCGCCUCAUCAAAGGAUUUAUGAUACAGGGAGGAGAUGUGACUAAGGGUGACGGCACAGGAGGGGUGAGCAUAUACGGCGAGCAGUUCGAUGAUGAGGCUUUUGUGGACCAUCACACAGAACGCGGCCUACUGAGCAUGGCAAACUGCGGGCCAAACACAAACAAUUCACAGUUCUUCAUUACCUUCCGCGCCACACCGCACCUAGAUGGCAAGCAUGUUGUAUUCGGGAAAUUGGUAGAAGGAGAGGAAGCGCUUGACCUGUUGGAGGAAUUGGAAACUGGGCCAAAUGAUCGCCCCAAAGUUGAUGUUACAAUAGAGCACUGCGGUACAUUGUAA